CGCUACAUUUCAUUUUAUUUUUUAUUUUGCUUUUGCUUUUUUUAUUUUUAAUUUAAAACAUUUUCGAAAACUAUCUAAUGGCGUUUAUAGACUGGGUUCUCCACCCUACAGAGCUGUGGGCUGCCUUCUGGUACGUUAUGAGGCAUGCGCCGCCCGAUGAGAAGACGCCCAAGCUCCAGGUUUCCGGAGACAUGAAACGCUGCUAUGACUUUUUGGAGAUGACCUCGCGCUCAUUUGCAGCGGUAAUUCAGGAGCUUCACCCUAAGCUUCGCGACGCAAUUUGCUUGUUCUACUUGAUUCUCCGUGGCCUCGACACUAUUGAGGACGACAUGACCAUUCCCGGAGCGAAGAAGCGCAGCCUGUUGGAGAAGUUCCACGAAAUCAUUUACCAGGACGGAUGGACGUUUAAGGAGUCAGGGCCUGACGAGAAGGACGCGCUGCUUCUGGUCGACUUUGACGUGGUGAUCGCCGAGUUCAAGCGGCUGCCGACCGGGUACCAGGUGAUCAUCGCAGACAUCACCAAGAACAUGGGCUUUGGCAUGGCCAAGUACACGCGCGCGCGGGUCGAGAGCCUGGAGGACUACAAUGAGUACUGCCAUUACGUGGCGGGGCUUGUCGGCCAUGGCCUGAGCCGCCUGUUCUCAGAGUCCGGACUCGAGGACAGGUCUGUGGGCGAGAAGCUGGCUCUGGCCAACUCCAUGGGCCUAUUCCUGCAAAAGACCAACAUCACGCGCGAUAUCAACGAGGACGUGCUCGAUGGCAGGUGCUUCUGGCCCAAGGCCAUUUGGUCAAAGUUCGCCGACACCGAGGACACGCUUAUUAGCAAAUCUAACCGCGACAAGAGCAUGAAUGCUCUGAACGAGAUGUGCACGAAUGCACUAGCGCAUAUCCCCGAUGUCAUGGAGUAUCUCGACCAGAUCAAUGAGCCCACAGUGUUCAAGUUCUGCGCUAUCCCGCAGACCAUGGCGAUUGCAACCAUUGCCCUGUGCUUCAAUAAUCCCAAGGUGCUGGAUACCAACGUGAAGAUUCGCAAGGGCGAGGCCCUGAAGCUGAUCUCGCAGUCGAACAACUUGGACAGUGUAAAGCGCGUUUUUUACCGGUAUCUUGAGAGAAUCGAGGCGAAGAAUGAUCCGAAGGACCCCAUGUACGGCCAGGUGCGCAAGAUCGUCGAUAAGGCGAAGAAGGACAUUGCGAACUCGCUGAAGGGUGGAGCACCUGUUAAUCAUACUGCGGCGUACUUUGCUGUCGCUUUGGUCAUUUUUGCUGCGCUUGUUUUCUUCUACCAGAAUCCCGCUGCUUGGAUUUGAAAAAAGGGAGAGUGAGAGGGGGGCGAGACGCGCAAACAUCUAUUUAUUUUUAAACUAGUUAUAGAUGUAUUUUUAUUGCAAAAUAUGAAAGGCUUAUUACCAUAGCGCAGUAUAUUUUUGCUCGGGAGGGUGCGAGCUAAAGAAAAAUAGACUCCGUUACAGCCGCUACGGAGACGAAGA